GUAUCAUCCAUAAUAAUAACAAAUCAAAAUUCAAUAAAUUAACUUUGAAUUAUUUACUUUUUGCCAAGAACCCAACCCACCUUUGCACACAUCACCCACAAGAUCUGGGGCUACAGCGAUCAAGUGCCCAGCCAGAGAUCAGCGAUCGUUGAUCUCCAGAAGCAAAAAAGAAGGCAAAUCGAAUUGUUGCUGCUUAUUCUGUGGCCAAUCUCCUUUAUGGGCAUAGAAUCAGUGAAAAAAUGUAGUGAAAAGUGCGUACUUGACCCACAUUUCUGGGCCGAGAUCGGCAAGAGCUCAGAUCGUGACGAGUGAUGGGGCACAUUUUUGGGUAUUUAAGCCCAGUUUGGCCCGGGGCAACGGUCAAACAUGGCUGGACAGCGAUUUCUGAUCGUACUGAUCGCGGCUUCGAUCUGCUGGGCCCCUUGGACUCCGGGCAUCUCGGCCAAGAGCUGUGGAUCGAGGCUCCAGGUGCGAGCCCAAGGCGAUGCCAUCGAUCUCAGCAGGCUGAGCGAAAAGCAGCUGCAGCAGCUCCUCCAGCAGUUGGCCAAGUUGCAGACCACCAAGCAGGAUGGCGAUGUUGAGGACCUGGCGGAGGACGAGCAGGAUCUGGACGGGGAUCGGGAUCAGGAUCUGGAUCUGGAGGACCCCGAGAACGAUCACCGCGGAGGAAGUCGGCCCUGGAACCGGUUGCAGAGGAUCAUCCGGCGACAGCUGGUGAAGAUUCCCAAAAGAUAUCUCAAGAAGUUCCUCAGGCAGUUCGGAUUGGCCAGGAGUGUGGGAUACACCGAUGUCAGGAGUACGGCUAUAGUGCCCCAGCUGGAGGAGUACUACCUAAUACCUUUGGAAUAAACUAAUGAAUGAGGGGAAAUACACGCAUC